UUAAACGUUCACUUUUUGCUAUAUGUUGAAAAUUGUUGUCCGCGGACACAUUUUUGGUCUCCUUACCGCCAUGUUUGAGUUGUUUUGAGGGGGAACAGAGAGGCUCUGUGGGUUAACCGCCUCGCUUAGUGAAGGGUCAGGGAUAUUAAAAGAUAAAAGCUGUGGUCAGUAUGGACUCACAGCUAACAUACUAACUCAGCAACCUUUUGCAUAAAUAUGUCAGUAUUUUUAAGAGAUAGAUAAAGUCCCUGGAGGAUAGUGGAUGACUGUGGAGGUGCUUUCACCAUGGGUGCAAUUGGAGGAGGGGUGUUCCAGGCCGUCAAGGGAUUUCGUAAUGCCCCUGCAGGUGUCGGACACCGGCUGCGAGGUAGCGCAAACGCUGUGAGAAUAAGAGCUCCACAGAUUGGAGGUAGCUUUGCUGUAUGGGGAGGGCUCUUCUCCACAAUCGACUGUGGUUUAGUUCGCUUGAGAGGGAAGGAGGAUCCUUGGAACUCCAUCACAAGCGGUGCACUGACUGGAGCCAUCCUGGCAGCACGCAGUGGGCCGUUAACUAUGAUGGGCUCUGCCAUGAUGGGAGGGAUUCUUCUCGCUCUCAUUGAGGGUUUUGGGAUCUUAUUGACUAGAUACACAGCACAGCAGUUUCAGAACCCUAUUCCCUUUGCAGAGGACCCCAGUCAGUUACCUCCAAAGGAUGGGGGUCAGCAGCAGGGGGCCAAGGGGCAGUUCCAGUAGAGAGUUCAGGGACUGACCCAAGUGUGGACACAGUGAGUCAGACCACAGAGUAGGGGAGGAGACACUAGGCAUUACAGCAGGUGGACAUUUUGGCCCCUACAGGGGUGUGAAGUCGUUGCACUAUGUGCUUAUACCUCAGGGUUAAAUUACUGUGAAUUUUAGUUAUUUAUGAGUGACUGUUUGUAUGUGAACACAUAUCCUUCUGUCAAACCUCAUGUUUGCACCUCCAGCACCUCAUGCAACAUUUUCAGCACUAGUGAUUAUUUUGUCUUUAAUGUGACAUUUUUAAGUUAAAUCAGUUUGAUUAUUCAACAUCAAGGCAACAUCUGUAUAUUAAAGGAAUACUUCUGGGUAAACAUUUGAUAAUGCUUUGUGGCUGAGAUUUAGUUGUGAAGAUCAAAAUGAUUCUCAUGUCUGUUUGGGAAGCAUGAAGCUGGAGCCAGCAGCUUCUGAGCACAGAGAGGUGGGGAACAGUGAACCUGGCUCUGACCAAAGGUGAAAAUCUUCUGUGUCUCAUUUGUUUCAUUCGCGCUAAAAAAAAAACCAAACAAACAGACAUAUAAAAAGUUUCCAAGGCUUUUCUACUCGUGUGCACAGAUUUAGUAAGCAGUGAAGCCAGUGUUUUAAUGGCUGCAAAGCAGAAAGGUUGAGUAUUAUGAAAAGUAAGUUGUCUGUGACCGUUGUGUUUGUUCAUUUAGGAGUUACCAUGCAGAGUGGUAGUCUGAGUCUUUUAUUAUUUGUCAGCUGUGACAAUCAAUGCAAAUAUGUUUGUUUGUGUGUUUUGAAAUGAUUCACAUGCUUAAGAUGGGUCUGGGCUCAACAAAAGCCUCAUUCCAUUCUUUACCUGCAGUAUCUCUUGAUAAGGUCUUGCCUCACCUGGCAGCUUCCGUAAUUUUGAAUCUUUGUCGAUUAGUUAUUAUCUUACAUAUUUGAAAUAUUAGCAACAAUCAUGUGUUUUCGGCAGUACUGAAAUAUAUGGAUGAUUUCCUAGAAAUUAUGGCUGGAGUUAGGCAGUUAUCACGCACCCGUCACCACUGCAUUAUCCAUCAAGCACUUUUUAAGCUCCAUUUCUCUGUUUUUUUUAAAAAAUGGUAGCAUAUGCACACAGCGGAGGGAUUAUGCAGUACGAUCAUCUGUUUUGCUCUCAAACAAUGCACAGAUAGAAUAUUUAUUUUAAUGUAUUGUCUUAAUAUAUUUAUCUUGGAAAAGUUGAUAAAAAGCAAUAAAGGCAUCAAAUGUUCUUUAAGACUUGAAA